GCUAAGGUGAUGGGAAUGCUCUUUGUCCAGAAAUCAGUCCAAGUUCAUCCAUUUCUUCCCUAUGCCAUUAAAUCUCUCAUGACCUCAUACAUAACUCUGUCUCUAUAAAUUAUUACCUCUUACCCUUUUGAAUUGGUUCAUUCUUUGAUUUAUUUACAUAAAUAUAUUUAUAUGUGUAUGUAUAAUAACUUUUGUAGUUAUUGCUUCAGAUCCCAGAAAUGUUAAACUAAAAAUAUCAAUUUCAUACUUAUAAAUUAAAAAAAAAAACUUGUAUAAUUAUGGAGUGGAAAAAGUGUUACUUGGAUGUGAUUUUGGUUCCUGUGGGGUGUUUGAUAUGUUUAGGGUAUCAUGUUUGGCUAUGGCACAAGGUUCGGACCCAGCCGCUCACCACCAUCAUCGGAACUAACGCCGCCGGCCGCCGUUUGUGGGUCUCUGCCAUCAUGAAGGAUAAUGACAAGAAAAACAUAUUGGCCGUUCAGACACUCCGGAACACAAUAAUGGGGUCCACCCUGAUGGCGACCACCUCCAUCCUCCUCUCCAGCGGCCUAGCCGCCGUCAUAAGCAGCACUUACAGCGUCAAAAAGCCGCUGAACGACGCCGUGUACGGCGCCCACGGGGAGUUCAUGGUGGCGCUGAAAUACGUGACCCUGCUCCUCAUAUUCAUCUUCGCUUUCGUUAGCCACUCCCUGUCCAUCCGGUUCGUGAACCAAGUGAACUUCUUGAUAAACUGCCCGCCGGACGACGCCGGAAUAGUGUGCCCGGAGUACGUGUCGCAGCUGCUGGAGAAGGGGUUUGCGCUGAACACGGUGGGGAAUAGGCUGUUCUACGCCGCACUUCCGAUGAUGCUUUGGAUAUUCGGGCCGGUUCUUGUUUUUUUGUCUUAUCUCACAAUGGUGCCUCUCCUUUACAACCUUGACUUUCUUUUGACCAAUGCUCAUAAAGGGAAUAGUAAUAAUGUCCCCAUUUCCUUGUAAUAAUAUUUAGAUAUAUCUUCCCAUUUGAAAAGUAGGUGAGAUUAAGAAUAAUGAAUGAGAUAUAAAUUAUUGAGGGUAUGAUGUGAAAAUAAUGAAAUAGUGUGUUGGAAUGAAGGAUAAAUCCAAAAAAAGUAGUUGUAAUAGUGUAUUAUUUUUAAAAUUAUUGAGAGUAUGAUAUGAAUAUUUACAAAUGGGAAGAUAUGAAUGUUAUAGCUAAAAAGGGAAAGUGAGAAG